AAAAGCUGCUGUAUUUCCGCCCAAUAACCAACGAAGAAGAAUCAGCAGAAGAGGCGCGCUCACUGUUAGUUUGAAUCUCAUAAACAAACGUAAGCGUUGUCCUCACGAUGGCUCAGAGUCAUAAGUUCCAGGAUCUGGAGGAGACGGGGGACGUUCUGGUGUCGUUCAUCAAGAGCAGCCAGCCCGAGAAGCUGAUCCAAGUGAACGAGGAACACCAGGCUCUGUUCGACAAACUCAACAAGAGGCUGGUGACGCCGAUUCUAAAAGAUAUGUCUCAGGUGGAGGAGGCUGUAGGUCAGAGGCUGAUGGACAUGGAGGAGGAGAAGAACCUGAUGGAGGAGGAGCUUCAGAUUCUGGAGGAUCAGCUGAGGAAGAGCAGCGCCAAGAGCCAGAUGACCGACUCUGAGCUGCAAUUUCUGCAGAGGGAGUUGGAGAGUCUGAGAAUCGAUGAAGACGAGCUGGAGGUUCUCCGCAGUGAAGUGGACGAAGACACCACCGAGGUCAUCCCUUCAGCUGUAUAUGUGUCCCAGUUGUACCACGUGAUAACAAGGAUCAAGUGGGAGUACGACACGCCCCCCAACGUCUUAAAAGGAGUUCACUACGGACCCGACCUGGCGACUCCGAUCAACCUGGACACGUGUUCGUUAUCUCCGUGCGAAGUGAGCGACCAGCUGUGGAGCUUCGUCAGCACUGAGUGGUAGCUGAGAGGAACUGUGUGCUCUUUAUUUCUGGUUGUUUGUCUGUUAUUCUCAUAUUCUUUACUACGUUUAUACUGUUUUAUGAAAAUUAAAUAUCUCACACCUUUCAAA